GCUGUUGUCAUGCUUCCUCUUCUAUUUUAAUUUAUUCAACAACAAAACUUUUCUUAAAGGAUAUCUUCAUGGAGGCGAUUGUGUGAGAGCUUGCAAUUUCGACUUUCGAUAUUUGACGUCAAUAAAAAAUUCAUACAUACAUAUAGGAUAUUACUGAAAUAAACCUAUAUAUAUAAAUAGGAUGAGCAACGGCACAGAUUCAUCCUCAUCAUCGGAGGACUAUAAAAAGCAUAAGAAAAGCAAAAGGCAGAAACAUAAGUCCGAGAAAAAGAAGCAUAAGAAAAAAGAAAAGAAAGUAAAGCAUCACAAGGAUAAAAAACGUGAUCGUCAGGAGAAAAUCUUAAAGCAACCUAUGAAUGUCCAGCCUUCAAAGCAUAGAGAAAUUUGUAAAAAUGAUGACACCUUUGGUCCAGCCUUACCACCACAUUUACGCAAAGUAGAGAACAAGACCGAACAGGUUUUAAUUGGCCCAGCAUUGCCUAGUGAUCUUUUGAACGCAACGCAUAUUAUAGAAACAGAGAAAGAAAGCGAAAUCCAUCAAAUCGAGGAACCACUUGGUAAUAACGAAAUAAAUGAUGAUUUUUCUUAUGGUCCCAUGCCUGUACCGAUGGAUGCUGAGGGAAUUACACAAAUGAGUGCAACACAAAUAGAAUUAGAACAACGCGCUUUAGAAUUGAAAUUGGCAGUCAUAGAAGGAGGAACAUGUAAGACAAGCGACGCGAAAGUUCGCGAAGAGUGGAUGCUGGAAUUGCCUGCGGUUGGUUUGAAAGGUGGUCUAGCGGCACUGUCGAAUAUGAAGCGUACAUUUCACCAGGGAAAGGAGAGACCAGAUUUUAGCGACCGGUCUUCUUGGACGAAAACACCACAGGAUGUCGAUAAACCUACAGCAAGUACGUCAAAGUCAACAACAAAUGCCGAAUCACUGAAGCGUAACGCUGAGUUGGCUUACGAACGUCAACGUGAUGAGGAACAAGCGCGUCUGGCGAAAAAACACAAGAAGGAUCACAAGCGAGAUGAAUCAUUAGUAGAGAUGCAUCAAAAGAAAUUGCGUAAAGAGCAAAGGAAGAAAGAAAAAGAACUAGCGGCAGCAGGUGCAAAACCUGAGCGUCGACCCUUCAGUCGUGAUGUAGAUCUAAAAUUGAACAAAAUUGAUAAAAAUCAAACGAAGCAAAUUGUGGAUAAAGCCAAAAUACUUAAUUCGAAAUUUGCAAGUGGCAAAACUAAAUAUUUGUAAUCUUUUACCCGCUUUUAAUUUUUAUUAUAAGAUAAUGUGGAAAAUACUACAUAUUUAACUUACUUAAGCGCAAAUA